GACAAUUGGCACCCGUCGACGUCAUCGGCAGGCUCUUGGAUGCCGAUCUCAGCGGGCAUCUCAUUCCCAGCAUCACAGACAGAUGUGCGGCCGUGGCUGGGGGUGCCAAAUCCGCAGCCCGCCGCUCGUCAUAAGCCGUCCAUGGUGAGCGCCAGUGUGCAUCACCCAUUGCCGUUGCCUGCGUGCGCUCCAAAGCCAAUUUCCUUCGACAAUCUCCUGUCCGUCCGCUGCAUACCUACACCCCCAUCCACCCCCCCCAUCCAUCUAUCCACCACCGACACUUGGUCCCGUUGGUUGGGCUCGACAGCCUGCUGCUACUGCUACGACUACGACCACUCCAGCUACUACUGUCCACGCCCCGCCGCUAUCUCGUUGCAAAAGGCUCAGUUGGCAAUUGCAUCGCUGAUACUGCCGCUUUUAGCCCUGUUGGUCUCUAGCGCUGGGCCGAUCACUCGACGCUCCGUCCGAAAAUUUCUUGGUCCCAGUCCCACGACCCGCCGGUCCAGUGACCAUCUCUCCAUCUGACGGCGACUAAAAGCCUACCACCAACCACUAGCCACCGCGUCUUGCUAGCCGGCUCGAGAGAAACAAGGCCCUCCUCUGCUUUGCCCUGGGCAACACACACCGCUGCCUUCCUUGCCCUCUGGAUACCACUCCCAGGUACCCGCCCAUUUCUGCCGACCGUCAAUCACCAUCCACCCUCGCCAUCCAACACCAACACGAAAGAAAGGCUAAAACCGAGCGCAAAGCACCACGCGGAGUCAGAGAGGACAAGUCAUCCAGUCAUCUACGCUUCAUAUCGCUAGCUGGCCCGACUGCCGUGCUUGCCUUCCUGCCUGUCUGCGCGCGCGUCUGUCUGCUCGCUCCUGUGCAUGCCUGCCUACUACACCUUGCCUUUCUCAAGCCUUACCAGUUGCCUCCCCCGCCCGCUAUUCGCCGCCACUCGAGCUUCUCAACCUUGACCCUGUUGCUUGCUCAACUUGCAUCUCGUCGGGGGCCCUUAACAUACACCGUGGCCACCUAAAAUCCACUCCCACGCUCGGCUCGGCUCUAUUUUAUUUUUCUCACCCAUCAAUUCUUCCCAUCACGCACCCCCUCGCAACAGGGAGUCAACCCAACUGUCCUAGUUUGGCCGCACUAGAGGGGUCCCUGCAGCAGCAUUUGGUCCUCGCUUGGCGCCCUCCCGCUCCACUCCUACUAACCUACUGCUGCUGCCGCUGUCGCCGUGCUUGCUAUCUCUCAAUUUGCUCCAACGGCUCCGGCCCUCAACUACCCUAACCUACUCUUGCAUCGCCGCCACACAUCAAACCCUCCCUUCGGUUAUAAUGCUGUCCCAAUCCUCAACUGCACCUUUUCCUCCACCCCCCGACCGCCGCGUCUCCUACCCAGACGACAUGAGCUCGGCAUCCUCCAGUUCCUCUAUCAGCGACCCGGAUAAUGUAGACCCCACCAAGCUCGGCCGUCCAAGGUUGGGCAGCCGGAAGUCGAGCGGCACCAUCAUAAUACCACGCGAUAGCCCUCAAGUCGAGCUCAAAGAGGAGGAGUACGACGAUGGUGACGCGAGGACCAUGAGUCCCAGGCGGAGCAGCGAGGAGAUUGAGAAGAUGGGUCAGGAGGCUCGUCAGGCUUUGAUAGAUCCCUGGACCCCGAGGCUGACAUUCGCCAGACAAGCAAAGCAACUCCAAGCCAGUCUGUUGGAAAUCGUGGAUCGUGUUGAGAUAGUCAAAUCGGAACACGAGAAGCUUGAGGGUGGUAACAAGUUCCUCCAAUCUUAUAUCGGUGAACUUAUGCAGACGAGCAAGAUUACCUCUACCGGUGCAGCAAAAGCCAAAGGCAAAGGCAAAGGACGAACCGUCAAAUAA